AAGCGCUGUCAGGAUUUUAUAAUAACAGCGUUUCACAACUCCUGCGCUUCAUUACGCUCGCAUCCUCCAAAUAAAUUCUGUCGUCUGCUGUGGGACUAAUUUCAUAUCUGUCGAAAGAUAGCUCCUGUGGGCACGCCUUCAUUUUCGGAAAAAAACAUUGAAAAAUCAUUUUUAUCGAAUUAUUGUCAGUCUGUGAUGAACACAUGACAUUGUUUUGAUUCUGUAUAACACCACUUAAUGUAAAAAGUCAUUAUGUACCGUUUGACGUUGUGAUCAUCUAAAUCGAGCGCAAAUUGGUGCUGAAGGUAUCGUUCCAGUGGACCGCGCGAGUUUUCAGACAUCAGACAAGUCUUUCAAAAAAGCUGAAAACAGGGGCUUCGGUCAGGCAUGGAGUUGAAUUCAGUUAUUUUGACGGCGGGAGGCUCUAUAAGCUUUUUUAAAAUAGUCAACUCAGGAUUUGGCAAACUCCCCAUGCCAGAUUCUGCUUGCAGAAACGCAUGGAAAUGGAGGAAUAUAUCGACAUCGUUUGUUCACAGUCUCAUAACUGGGAUAUGGUCUGUGCUAUGCUUUGUCCUUCACCCACAGAUGGCAGAGGAUUUGAUAGGGACCCAUUCUGCGUUUUCGCACGCGCUAGUAACGGUAUCAAUUGGUUACUUCAUAUAUGACUUCUUGGACAUGGUUCUGAACCAGAAAAUAGGCCAAUCAUGGGAGCUUCUGUUCCAUCACGUGGUGGUCAUCACCUGUUUCGGCACCUCUGUCCUCACCUGCCGCUAUGUGGGCUUUGCCGUGGUGGCGCUGCUGGUGGAAAUCAAUUCGGUGUUCCUGCACCUGCGCCAGGUGCUGCUCAUGGCCAACAUGGCAGCGGGCACCCUAUACCGCGUCAACAGCAUGAUCAACCUGGGCACUUACGUGGUGUUCCGCAUUAACACACUGGCAUGGAUGACCCGCUGGCUGGUCCUGAACCGUGACAACGUGCCGCUGUUCGCCUACACGAUGGGCAGCGUGGGCAUGGCAAUCAUGACGGCCAUGAACAUAGUGCUGUUCUAUCGCCUGCUGCGGAGUGACUUCCUGAAGGGCAGCACCCGUGAGGCCAAGAAGGAGAAGGAGAUGUAGGAAUAUGGGAAGGGAGAGGGGUGGUGACAAUAGGGCAAAUGCAUACUUAUAGAUGUGGUGAUGCAUGGUUAGAUACACACACACAAACAUACAUACACAAACACUAUUUUGUUCACUCAUUACUUGAGACCCAUUCUUUGACCAAGGAAAGGGAGGUGGUGGGGCAUGUGACCCACACAUGCCUUGUGGUCAAUACCCUGUAAAGACUCUAACCAAAUUUGCUCCCUUCUGCAAUUUAAACAUCCUAUUUCCAUGGUGUGUUAGUUUUACAUGUGAUUUUAAACAUGUAAAUUAAAGUACAGAGGAAGCCAUUAAAUGUACAAAGAAAGCUAGCAUUCUUCCAGACAAAAAAAAAAGAAUCUUCUGGCACCAAUUGGAGCAACUAGAUGUAAAUUACACCAAGAGGAUAGUACAAUGCGAAGAUAAUUUGUUUUGCCAUUUAAUAUAUUGCAAGAGUGAAACAUAUACACAGUAUAUAACAAAUAUGUCACAGAUUGUGGUGCAAAGUCCUGUUGCACUGACUAGUAUAUACUAUAGGAAGUCAUUGGAAUCCAAAACCUGUCUUGUUUAAUAUGUGAACAUGUUCAGUAACAGUAGUACUAAAGAAGUGAUGAUGUUGCUUCACCAAGCCUUUUGUAAAAACUAAACACCUGCUACCUCAAGAAAAACCUGUAGCAGUUUUAUCUGUUUCUAACUUGAUCAAUGUUGUUAAAUGGUUUAAUCUUCUUCCUUGUUUUGUUGUGUUUUUUGUUGUUUUUUGCAACUUGCGAAGUAUCACUUAUUUUUGUGUAAAGGCUAAAAGAAACCCAUCUGGAUAAACAAACCAUCCGGUGAAAAUAGUUAGGUCUGCUCAGAACUUUCUCUCGUAAAGGUGAUGUCGAUGCUGCCAACUACACUAGCAAGGUUGAGGUCUAACUGAGGUCAGGCAGCACAACAAAGACAAGCUUGCCUUAACAGAAUACGGAUGGUUUUGUACACACACACACAUUCUUGACACCUGUACAACCCCAAGCAUUGUAAUUACUUGUGCCUCCCUUAGCCACUAACUGUUAGCAUUCAGCCUCAUUCAACCUGUCCAGUCCAGGGCUGUACAGUGGCCCUUUAGCUGUCCUUACCGUCCUUGUACAGGUCAGCAAGUUUACACAACAUGGCACAGUGACCUCCACCUUUCGAAUGGGUAAGUUAAAGGGCUGUGUGUAACAUCUGAUUAUAGGUCAGAUUCUUUUAUAAUUCCGUCACAAUUCAAAGGAUAGAAUUGGAGAAAUGACAAUGUAUCCGAUCUGUUAUUACAGGCAAGUUGGGGUGGCCUUAGAAACCUGCCAAGCUUGCUAAAACAGAGCCAUCAUAGGAUUCUUGUCUAAUGCCCUGAACAUUUAUAAUGUGAUUUUCUUUUGCAAUGUUUUGUUCUAGAUUGUGUUCUGUUUGCAUAUUUUGUAUAUUUGUAAUUUAUUUGUAUUGAUUGUCAAGGAUGAACCAUUGUUGACAACCACAUUGUUUAUCCCUUUUGAAAAAUUGUACCUGUAUAUCCACUAUUUGAAAAAUUGUUGGUAUGUGGUGGUUCUGAUUGAUGGUGGAGUUAUUAUAUACUGUGGUGGUGUUGUGGUUGUAUUACCAUUAAGGGUUCUUACUUAAAAGGGAGUUUCAUUCAAUUUUGGACACUUUAAAUUUUUCAGCUACCUGACCAAAUGCAUCCAUUAUAUCCAGCAGUGUGAGAAGAACCUUGCCUAUUUAUUUAUCCAUUAACAACCCUUUUUGGAUGAUGCUGGCAAAUUUUGGGGGAACUGGGGUGAAGUCCUGAAGUUGCAUUGCAGUUGACCCCAUAGAAUAGAGAAAUUAGGACUCCAACCUUCAACAAGAUCAUUUUACCUAUUAAAUCCAUACCCUAUUGUAGCUUGGUAACAUGAAACUCUCAAUACAUUUACAAUAAAGCUAAUUUGAAUUUGAUAAGCCAGCCUACUAUGCUAUUACAGCGAGAAAGAUGGUCUCUGCUAUUUGUUAGAUUUGAGUUGACUGCACAGAAUGAAGGGCCGACAACUAUUAUGUAGUCUGGUUGUCAUUUUUGUGUGUGAUGAAACUAGUAUUUGAAUGAUGUUGAAAGUCACCAAAUGUAGGCUACGUACUGUAUGUACAUGUAUUUCUUUUCAAGCUAACUUUUAAGGCAGCUUCGCUUGUGUGGUUGUAGGGUGAUUUCACGCGUGAACAUGUUUUGCCGAUUUAUUUGUAUAAAUUGUAAUAUUAUUGUAAUGAUAUAACAGUAAAUAUAAUUAUUUUCUGUAUGUCAUUAUAAUUGUAAAAAUAGAAAUUAAAAAAAGAAAAACAACGUGGCCUAGUUGUGAAGCCUCGUUUAUUGAUGUAGUACUCUUUUCUAACCACAUGGGGGACUUGGUUUAUGGAGGAUGCUGCUAUCCUGAUAACUGUUGCUGUGUUAAAUCCAUGGCUGUGUCUUGAAGUGCUAGUAUUGGUCUCCUUGCCUUAUUUCCUCGUCUCGUUCCGUUUGUUCGUACAGAUAGGUAUACCUGUCCACCAUGUUGCCCCUAUGCACGACCUCUAUGGUCAAUCAUCAACGGUCAGGACGAAGAGAGGAGGGCAUUUUGACAUACGAGACAUACGCUAUAGCUGAACCUGUUUAAGCGAAGCUUAAUAAUGUGUUGUUAUAGCCUACAUCAAUGACAGUCCCUGUUGAAAAAUUGAAAAUAUUUU